AUGGCCCUUCACUUGCCUCCCUCCCGUGAUUUUUAAUCAUGUACUGGAUGACCUCAGGGAGAGAAUUUUAUUAAAAGUGGAACAACAGGCAGAAAAACAGUGACUCGCUUUGAAGCAGCAAGCAGCUCACUUGGCAAUCAGUGCUGCAUUGCUUUGUUUGGAACAGCGCAUCUUGGCAGGUCCAUCAGGAUGUGGAACGGUCUGGUGAGGUGUUUCUCGGCAGCAAGGCUGAGCAGGGACGGCGUCCGUGCUCUGCAGAAAGCGGGAGGGUUUGUCAGGCAUCAGCCGGAGGCCCAGCCUUGCCCAGCCCAAUGGGAACGGCGCCAACAGCAGACGCUCGCGGCUGCACCGCUUCCUCAGACCACCGGUCUUAGCAUCAGGCAAGUCCAUGCCUUGGAAGAGGAGCGUUUGGUGCAGGUGGAGUGGGAGGACGGCAGCCACAGCCUGUACCCCCUCGUCUGGCUGCGGGACAACUGCCAAUGCCCGCUCUGCAUGCUCCACUCCGCUAAGGCCCGCAGCCUGCUCCUGUCCCAGCUGGACAUUAAUGCCGGUGUGGAUCAAGUCCUGCUGACUGAGCCCACCAAGGUCUCUAUUGUGUGGCCUGACCAACACACCAGUGAGUACGAAGCUGACUGGCUAAAGAAAAGAUGUUUUUCACCUGAAGCAAGACGGGCGCAACAAGAAGAGCUCUUUCUCAACAAACGUGUAUACUGGGGAUCAGAGCUACAGAUUCCCACUGCCAGCUUUGAGGAGGUCCUUCAUGAUGACAAGGCUGCCCUGGACUGGCUGACGGCACUUCGUGAGGUAGGCAUAGUCUACCUGAAGGGGGCUCCUGUGAAGCAAGGCCAGGUGGCCAGGUUGAGCCAGAGGAUUGGCUACCUGAGACUGACCUUCUAUGGGCACACAUGGCAAGUCCAGGACAAGGCUGGUGCAAAUAAUGUGGCCUACACCUCCGGAAAGCUAAGUCUACACACAGACUACCCAGCUCUGCACCACCCACCAGGGGUCCAGUUCCUGCACUGCCUCAGUCAGGCGCACCAGGGCGGUGAGAGCGAGGUGGUGGAUGGCUUCCACAUGGCCAAUCGGCUGCGCAGAGAAAAUCCAGAGGCCUUCCACACCCUGUCCUCACUCCGGGUGGACUUCACCGACACGGGAGCCGACUACUGCGACUUUGCUGUGCAGUCCAAAAACCGCAUCAUCGAUGUGGACUGUGAUGGGCAGGUAGUGAGGAUCAACUACAACAAUGCCACCAGAGACUCCAUUCUAGACCUACCUCUGGAACAGGUCCAACCCUUCUACUCUUCUCUGAAAGCCUAUGUGGACCUCAUGUGUCAGCCUGAAAAUGUUGUCACCUACAGAAUGGAGCCAGGCGACUUGGUGACCUUCGAUAACUGGCGCUUACUCCAUGGGCGAAAGAGUUACAUGUCCCACCGAGACAACAUUAGGCACCUGGAGGGAGCAUACCUAGACUGGGAUGAGGUCAUGUCUCGCCUGAGGAUCCUGCGGAAGGCUGUUCGUGGGGAGGCCUAAACCCUUCAGAACCUUUGCUUCUCCAUUUUGAUUCUGUUCCCGGUCUGAUCUGCUCUUCUCUAAAUCACUGUGACUUGGAAGUGAUGUCACAGUAAAUAAAAAAUUGAAAGGCUACGUAGCAAAGAUAUAGGGGAUAGGCAUUUGUUGUAUGCUUAACGUGUUUUGUGGGAGGAUUGGCUAUUUUUCAAGUAUCAUUUCUGGAGUGUCCUUGUGGUCUUGGGACUUCAGAGGAUUUUAUAGCAAUGAGUUUAUGUGUACAUAAUUCUAUAAAUGCUUAUAUUUCUGUGUCUUUCACCAAGGAUCUCAAAGCUCUCCUUAGUAAGAGGUUUACCUUCCUCAUCCAUGUAAUGGGGUAAUGCACAGCAUGCAUUUUCCACCAUAUAAUGUUCAAUACAAAUAUCUUGCUGUAGAGAGGCCAAUAUUUUGACUUGUCAGGUUUAGCUGAAGUGAUUAUAUGUAAGACUUAUAUUUUUUUAUUUUAUUAAAAGGUCACAGACAAUAGGAUUGCCUACCUAGCAAAAUGUGAGACCUAUGGAGAAGAGAAAGAAAGAAGGUAAAUUCACAAAACAACUCUUGCAGAUUAUUAGGAAUUAUUAGGAACCUGAGUUGACCUGACUAUGGAAAACCCACCACUGUACAACAUAAUGCAAAAAGGUUUUCUGAACAUCACCAAAUCUAAAUUGGGCGGUUGGCAAGAGAAUGCACUACUAGUUUGUAUUACUUUUUGUCUUCAUCUAGAAUUCAAAAAUGGAAGGAAGCAGUCAUUGGCAAAAUUUAAAAACCAUUGCCGAGUAUGUUGGUCUCUUACAGAUUGAGUGGAAGAACCUGUCAGGAUUGUGUGAGAAUAUAUGAAAUGUCGGUCCGGAAUGAUACUAAAACGCUGAUUUACAGACUAAGUGCCAGUCCAUUGAGUGUAUACCUCAAGUCUUGAUGUAAUAGAUACUCGAGUACAAAAAAAAUGUGUGCACUCCUCAUACAAAAUUUAAAACCAUAGCUAUCUCCAACAUAUAUAUAUAUAUAUAUUUUUUAGUAACUGAAAAGAUGUUGCCUCCUUCAUCAUAACUGCAGUCAGUGUGUGUAUGUGGAGUGGCUGCCGAUGAUCCAAGCUUCUUUAACCAAACAUCAGCCAAUGUUUUCAAUCAUGAACUGUGAUGUGUGCAAAAAGCAAUGUGUGAAAGUUGAUUGUGAGUCAAUUGAUAACUGCAAUAUUAUACUUAUGUUGGUCCUUACUGUAAUGAAAAAUGAAAUGGUUACUGAGGAAAGGGGUGAAUUUCAUUGGAGGCUUUCAAAGUGCUUUGGCUGCACUGCUUAAGACAUACUGUGUGGAGCAUGUGCGUGCUUGCUGUAAUGAAAAAACGGGUGUUCUCAAAAAAUUGUAUCUGGUAGGUACAAAACAAAAAUAUCUUUGUCAUGAAUGUGGUAUUUUUGUUUUGAAUGACAGACUGUGGAACUACUUGUGUGUUCUGGUCGAUGGCAGCAAUCGGCUUAUUUUACCAUUAUGUUUUUAGUUUACACAACAUUCUGUCGUCCUCUUAAUUUUGUUCCUAUUUCCAUUUGUGGUAGGUUUAGGUACACGGUAACAUACUGUGAUUGGUGGGUAGCUGUUUGUUGGUACUAGCCAGUUGACAACAUAAUUUAGCAGCAGAUUAGCCAACAUAUAGCUGCUUAAAUGUAUGACAGUCCAGGUACUAUUGUAACAGAAUAUUUUAAGAAUUCUGAAACUAUUGUAAUUUUUUUUUUUCUCAUUUGUACACUUUUCCCCAAAGUCAUUUCUCAAAAUCACUGUACUAACACUAAUUUACUGUAUAACAAAAAAAAUGUCACCAUGAAUACAUAUUUGGAUACAUAAACGUUGAACCAUUAAAAGAAAGUAGUUGUAAUCAAAAAACACAAGCCCAUUGGAUUUAACCCUAUUCAUUGAUGUUGUGACAGGAACAUCUAAAGUUAGAUUAUGUGUGUCUAAAACAUCUAUUACAGAUAUACAUACAACAACUGUACCUGCGUGUAGCUGCACAUUCUGCAGAUUCUCUACAGGCAACCAAACAAUUAUAUAACAAACAGAGGCAUCAAAGUAUACUGUGUCUGUUAAAUGAAAUGGAUAAUCCAUCAACAUUUAGGUGUUCCCUUCACAAAUUCUGUCUAAUGGUACAGGAAUGACAGCUGGUUUAAAUAGAAACAAAGUUUUUUGGCAAAUCCGUAUGUUUGUUGUA